AUGACGCUGGGCCCAACAGCUGGGAGAGUCAGGGGCUGGGCCACAAGGCUGAACUCUGGCGGGUUUGCACAAGGAGACGAGGGAGGCUUUCAUUCUCCGGCCUCAGGAUCGCCGCAGGACGUGCUGCUGUCUACCCCCAGCAACAACUUUGAUGGCAUGAUUGACACUGGAGCCGCCAUGAGUGGCAGUGAGGGGUCUGCGAAGGGGAGUGCAGCAAGGAGGGGCACAAAGGAGACCAAGGUGGGCAGCAAGGAGGUGCAUGCGGAGCGUGUGCAACAGAGGAAGUCGCGCAAGAGAGAAAAGGACAAGAUUGAGGAGCUGCAGGCGCAGAUCAGCGCUGCGAUGUCGGAUACCGCAGAGCUGACGGCGCGGAACACUGCGUGGGAAGCCGAGCUUCAGUCGGCGGUGGAGGAGCUGCGGGGCUUACGGGCCGCAGAGGAGAGCGCGCUUACGGCGCUGGCCGAUGAGGAGCUGGCCGCGCGGUUCAACGGCGAUGUCACCCUCACCGUACGCGACGACGCAGUUACCGUCCUCUCCCCGGAACAGAUAAAGGCGAUGACGGAGGAUGACAUGGCGUACUGGUGGGGACUGUACAUAGAGAAGCUGACAACUCUGCUGGCCGAGGCAGACGCGCGGCCGCACGGGCCGGCCCCGCACACCGCCCGCCGCAUCCAGGCGCUGCAGCGUGAAGCGCUCUUCCUGCACAUCAGGCAAGCACAUCUUCCCCACCAGGCUGCGAUCACCAACAUGCAGAGCGUGAAGCGCUUCCUGGCGCGUGGCAAGGUGCAGGCGCCCUUCAGCGAAAACUCUGACCCGCCGCGGUGGCGACUGAUAGCGGAGGGGCUGCAGCUGUCGGGGGAGCAGCGGCGGUCAGUGGCGUGCCUCUGGCGCAGCCUCAACGGGCGACUCGAGCGCAUUCUGGCGGCGCGCGCGUCGCUGCACGGCCAGAUCAGCUCGUCCAUGCCCAACGGCGUCCAGGGCCGCGACUUUGCUGUCAACUUCCUCAAGGCGUACGAGUGCAUGGACGCCCUGAUGUUCAACCUGCGGCAGGAGCAUGUGGUUAUCUGCGACUUCAAGUCCACCUUCCAUCAGACACUCACGCCGGUACAGAAUGCGCGCUUCAUGGUGACAUCCUUCCCAUACUUCCCGGACACGGUUGCCUGCGCGGUCUGGAUUGCCGCCAUGGAUCAGGAUGAAGAAGCUUUGCGGCGGCUGCGCGCGCACGGCCUCCUCUGACCGGCUUAGCACAGCGCCAGAGUACUCUGCUCCGCGUGCAUGAUUGACUCUUGUAGGCUAUCGUGCUCAGAAGUGCAAACUCCGCUGUGAGCCCUGUUUGCAGUCCACAUCAGACUUUGGAGCCGGGAGUGGGCCAGCAAGAUCAACCAUGUACAUACUGCUGGGCUCCAACAUCAUCCCAGUGUUGAUCUGACAUACUCCUGGGAUUGGGCAGAAUGUUCUCGGCUCUAGGAUAGUCUGGUCCCGCCCAGGAGAUCUUGAUGUCUUCAAUUCUGUGCUGCCCAAAGUGCUGGGCAGAGAUCAAGUUGUUGGAGUUGCCCAGGGGCCACCCUUGGAUCUCUCGUAAGGCAGUGUCAAAUUAGGUCACCACAUUAAAAUUCGGACUUCUCAGCGCGCCAGCCAGAUCAGAAUGCACAUGCUGCUAGGGCCGCCUCUGUCUCUGGAAGCCUGCCGAGCUAGUCUAGUUGGGUGUUGAUCCUUGGAGCGGGACCACCUAACUGCUGAGGAGCGCUGGUGUGACUGGCGAGAGGCGGUCCAGGGGCGCUCCUUUGCCCUGAGAUCAAAUUGCGGUUGCCAAUGUUAGGCCAGCAAAAGGUAUAUGGGACGUUGUCAAGAUCCCCUGAACAGAUGCAGAGACAUGAGAACUGCUCCUGAGCAGCACCUCUAUCACUGAAGGAUUGACGCCUAGUGUCGCGAACAGCAACUGUGCCUGCACAACAAAUCGAUGCGUGCUGACGGAAUGCGCAAGCAAGGAUCAUCUUUUGAUCUGGCUCGAGCUCUGACUAUGCUGCAUCUAAGC